AUGGAUGAAUACCAAAUUGAUGCAUACCCAAAUUUUUCACCAGUUGAUUUUGACACAAAAAAUAUUUCAUCAUGUCCCAAUGACAAGUACUUCAAUGUAGAGUUCGAGUGCACAAAUAUGUACGUUUUGAGUGCUAUGAAGUUUCAAACUAUUAAUGAUACAAAGUGCCACAAAUUUUCAAAUGUUUCAAAGGAUAAAAUAAUGCAAGAAACUACCAUUGUAUCGUGGCUUUCUCAAAUGGAUGUCCCUCAAGAUGCCUUUGGAAUUGUUGUGGCAAAAAUUUUGGAAUGUGCUCGUGAUAUGGUUAGGGCACAUAAGAAUGUAAGGGUUAUUCCUAUUCGAGUCAAUAUUGUCGUUACAAGGGCCAGCGAAGAUGAAAGUGAUGAAGAUGGUGAAGAUGGAAGUGAUGAAAGGAGUGAAAGUGAUGAAGCGGAGGAGGGAUUGGAAGUUGAAAAAGAGAAGAACUGUUCUAUUUGCUUUGAAAAUUUUAAUUUUAAUGUUGGUGUUCCUAUGCCAUGUUUGCACUUGUUUCAUAUAAAAUGUAUUCGUGGAUGGUUAGAGAAAGGUAAUUCUUGUCCUUUGUGUAGGCAUCAAUUGCCAAGUGAAUGA